AUGAGGAAGCGCCAGCCAAAGUGCUGCCGCGAGUGCAUAGUAUCUGGCCUCUUGGCUGUUCAAAAGCAUCACAAGAAGAGGGAUGCCUUGUGCGUGGCGCGACUCGAGACGCGGAAAGGCGCCGCUCCUCUCCGGCUCCCUCGAAAAAUACACGACACUUAUGGAAAUUUUAAGGACGCAGGAGACUAUCAGCGCCAUUCUGCAGUAGGUAGCAUUACGGACGUAGACGGCAGGUCUUCGUCCAGAGGGUUAUCCCUGGCCUUGACGAGGGAGAUGAUGGCGUUCGAGGCUGGCGAGAGCAGCCGAGUCCGCGAUGAGGCUGGCGAGAGCAGCCGAGUCCGCGAUGAGGCUGGCGAGAGCAGCCGAGUCCCCGAUGAGGCUGGCGAGAGCAGCCGAGUCCGCGAUGAGGCUGGCGAGAGCAGCCGAGUCCGCGAUGAGGCUGGCGAGAGCAGCCGAGUCCGCGAUGAGGCUGGCGAGAGCAGCCGAGUCCGCGAUGAGGCUGGCGAGAGCAGCCGAGUCCGCGAUGAGGCUGGCGAGAGCAGCCGAGUCCGCGAUGAGGCUGGCGAGAGCAGCCGAGUCCGCGAUGAGGCUGGCGAGAGCAGCCGAGUCCGCGAUGAGGCUGGCGAGAGCAGCCGAGUCCGCGAUGAGGCUGGCGAGAGCAGCCGAGUCCGCGAUGAGGCUGGCGAGAGCAGCCGAGUCCGCGAUGAGGCUGGCGAGAGCAGCCGAGUCCGCGAUGAGGCUGGCGAGAGCAGCCGAGUCCGCGAUGAGGCUGGCGAGAGCAGCCGAGUCCGCGAUGAGGCUGGCGAGAGCAGCCGAGUCCGCGAUGAGGCUGGCGAGAGCAGCCGAGUCCGCGAUGAGGCUGGCGAGAGCAGCCGAGUCCGCGAUGAGGCUGGCGAGAGCAGCCGAGUCCGCGAUGAGGCUGGCGAGAGCAGCCGAGUCCGCGAUGAGGCUGGCGAGAGCAGCCGAGUCCGCGAUGAGGCUGGCGAGAGCAGCCGAGUCCGCGAUGAGGCUGGCGAGAGCAGCCGAGUCCGCGAUGAGGCUGGCGAGAGCAGCCGAGUCCGCGAUGAGGCUGGCGAGAGCAGCCGAGUCCGCGAUGAGGCUGGCGAGAGCAGCCGAGUCCGCGAUGAGGCUGGCGAGAGCAGCCGAGUCCGCGAUGAGGCUGGCGAGAGCAGCCGAGUCCGCGAUGAGGCUGGCGAGAGCAGCCGAGUCCGCGAUGAGGCUGGCGAGAGCAGCCGAGUCCGCGAUGAGGCUGGCGAGAGCAGCCGAGUCCGCGAUGAGGCUGGCGAGAGCAGCCGAGUCCGCGAUGAGGCUGGCGAGAGCAGCCGAGUCCGCGAUGAGGCUGGCGAGAGCAGCCGAGUCCGCGAUGAGGCUGGCGAGAGCAGCCGAGUCCGCGAUGAGGCUGGCGAGAGCAGCCGAGUCCGCGAUGAGGCUGGCGAGAGCAGCCGAGUCCGCGAUGAGGCUGGCGAGAGCAGCCGAGUCCGCGAUGAGGCUGGCGAGAGCAGCCGAGUCCGCGAUGAGGCUGGCGAGAGCAGCCGAGUCCGCGAUGAGGCUGGCGAGAGCAGCCGAGUCCGCGAUGAGGCUGGCGAGAGCAGCCGAGUCCGCGAUGAGGCUGGCGAGAGCAGCCGAGUCCGCGAUGAGGCUGGCGAGAGCAGCCGAGUCCGCGAUGAGGCUGGCGAGAGCAGCCGAGUCCGCGAUGAGGCUGGCGAGAGCAGCCGAGUCCGCGAUGAGGCUGGCGAGAGCAGCCGAGUCCCCGAUGGGGCGGCUGGUUAA